UUCCAUUAUUGUUGAUGUGGUUCAUGUUUCACUAUUUUGCUCUUUUAGGUUCACAGCUCAAUGUGUAAUGAGAUGACAAUGAUAUUGGAUAAGGUUUCUUCUAUUCUUCCAUCAAUAGAGGCAGCUCGACCAGGUUGUAAAGCAGGCAUACAGGAAUUAAGCAACUUAUAUAAUGUUGUUGAGAAAGGGAAACUCAUAACUCUACACUGCAUUGAUUGUAGUAAGCUCUACUUGGCUAUUACUGGAGAGGCGAUUGUAGCAAGAUGUGAAAGGAUCAGGGACUCACUUAGGCGGAGUUUGUUUCUUAUUCGGAAUAUGUUUCCACCAGCACUUGCUAAUCAGAUUGCCGAAGUUCACGAUGAUCUCCGGGAUGUCAAAUUUGUUCUUGAUCCAAUAGAAGAAGAGGCUGGCAAAGCCAUUUUACAUAUGCUCCGGCAGUCCGACGCAAGUGAAGAAUUAGAACGUGGGACAUUCCUGCAGGCUGCUUCAAAGUUGGACCUGACAUCUCCUAAAGCUCUCUUAAUUGAAAGACGAGCAAUCAAGAGACUGCUUGACAAGGUUAAGGGUAAUGAUCCAAAAAAGGAGGGGGUCCUUAAGUGCUUUCUGUACCUCAUUAAGAAGUAUGGAAAGAUCAUAAGAUCAGAGACUGGUGAACGGAUUGAGAAUAUACAAUCUGAAAGUCAGUCUUUAACUCCAAGCACAACUUCCAGUGAUGCCAGCCCUCCUGAAAAAUGCUACACAACAACAGACUUUCGGAUUUAUGAUGAUCACAAUAGUAUGUCUGGAGCCGCUACUCCGCCUGCGGAGUUCUGCUGCCCAAUAUCAACGAAGCUAAUGCAUGAUCCUGUUGUAAUAACAUCUGGACAGACUUAUGAAAGAGAAAAUAUUGAGAGAUGGUUCAAUGAAGGAUAUGAUACUUGUCCUAGGACACAGAUAAAGCUAGAGAACUUCUCCAUGAUCCCAAAUACCUGCAUGAGAGAUCUCAUUUGCAAUUGGUGCAAAGAGCAUGGUUUUACGCUUUCAGAUUUUAUACCUCCAAGUGAAAGUGCUUAUAGUUACUUACCAGAGCAAUUGCAUGGUUACUCUAUGUCAAGUUUGCACAAUGUUUCUGUACCUCUCAUUGCUGGAAAGGAGAACAGUUUUGUGAUUGACCACAGCAAUACAUCUUUUGCAUUGUCUGAUGCCAGUUAUGUCUCUAAUGCAUCCCACGCUAGGGACAUGGAGGAUUCAAAAGAUAUUUCUCAGUUCUCUUGGAACGCUGACUAUCAAAAGUAUCUGUCAUUCCACAACUUCAACCAGGAGAUGUUCCUGAGGUUCUUUCAUGAGCUUUCCAUGCUCCCAUUAGAACUCCAAGACAAGCCAAUUAAAGAUUUGAAGAAUGUUCUUGAUUAUGAAAAUGAGGAAAUUGAAUAUUGGUCUGUUGUGUAAAUGAUGGUGGAAAUUAGAAACGAGAGAAGGUCUAUGGCAGGAAAUAGUGAGGAAAAAAUAUGUGAAAAACUCCUGUGUUGCCCAGCUGAAAAGGAAACAAGCUAAUUCCCCAGCCUGGAAUGAUCUACUCUCAAUCAGGGUUCAGGGACAGUUAUUUUAAAGGGCAUAAAAUGAGGAUUGGUAAGGGGUCAAAUACUGAUUUCUGGCUGGACGCCUGGUGUGGUGAUAUUCCCUUAAUGGAAAAUUUCCUGAAUUAUAUGAGAUCUGUAAUGAUCAGAAAAUUAUUGUGGAGAGAGUUGCAUGAAAAAACUGGAGACUUUCCUUCAGACGCUGGUUGGAUGCCAGGCUGCAAGAACAAUGGAGGAUGCUGAGUGAUUUUGUUCCACUCCUGUGCUCUCAAUGAUGAUGAGGAUUCACCAAUUUGGAGGUGGGAAAAAACUGGACUUUUUUCUGUUAAAACCAUUUACUCCCAUCUUUGCUCUAACGAAGUUGGGACACACCAUAACGAUAUCUGGAAUGCCAAGAUCCCUUUGAAAAUUAAAAUAUGGAUGUGGCUAAUCUACCACAAUGCCAUCCAAACAAAGGACAACUUGCUGAAAAGAAACUGGUCGGGUGACCAUAAAUGUGCUUUCUGUAAUGAAAAUGAAACCAUUCCGCUUCU